CGGCCAGUCGGAUGCCGUGAGGUAGCGGCGUUGUUUGUAUCGUCAAGUUUAUUAUUGUUCUUCUUGCUUUCAAGUGGUCGGCUUCGGUGCAACAAACGAUUAACAAGCUUGUUUCGGUGUUUUACUGCAUGAAAGAAGUGCACAACCUUUGAAAGGAAAAUGCAAUAUUGUCACAGCUGACUUGGCAUUAAUAAGCUGUGAAUGAUUUAAACUCCACUAUCUUAUUAGUACGUAUUGACUGCAAUGACUACGCUCACUCGUAAAGGCCGCAAAGGCAAGCUUGGUGCAACUCGCAAUAGCCUCACCGAAGAUACUCCCGAGCUUGUGAAUGGAGCCUCAGUCGUGAAGGAUGUGUUGGAGCGCACAGACGAAUUGUCAAAAGAUGACAUUGAAGAUAAAGUACCAACAGACCAUGAUGAGAGGAAAAAACCAAAUGACGACGAUGCAUCUGAUAAGGGAAACAGUGCAACUCCUUCUGAUUUUCAUGGAUUCGAUGAAACACCUGAUCCUAAUGGAGCCUCUGUAGUUAACAAGCUUGUUGGCAAAUAUGAAGCAGAUCUGGAGAACAAGGAUUCUUCCUCAAUGAAAGAGAGCAAUGAAGUUGCAGGAGAAUCCCAAGAUGGUCACAAAGUACUCGGUCAAGAUAUUUACACGGACAGUGAAGAUGAAUCUCCUAAACAAACCAAAGGAACUAAGCAAGUCAAAGCGUCAUCCAAAAAAAGGCCUUUGGAGAAACUGGCUGAGGAGUUCAAUGACGAUGAAAAGCCAGCUGCAUCACCUCCUUCCAAGCGUGCAAGGAAAAAGUCUGUUAAAGCGCGAGAAGCUGCUGGAGACAGCAUGGACAACAUGAAACUUUUGAGUGAAGUUUCUUCUGAAGUUACUAGUUCUGAAGAUAUUCCACGCAAAACCAAAGGAGUUAAAGAAGAGGUUCAUCCAGAAGUUACAAGUUCAGCUGGUGCCAAGAAAUCUCAAGAGAAUAAGGACACCUCUGCUCGCAGAGGAAGGAAUACUGCGGCUCGGGAUGCUACCGAUCCCAUUUACCUCAAACCUUUUGAAUUGGGUUGGAAGCGGGAACUUGUUUACCGAGGUACUGGCCCCAGAGGAAGUAAUGAUGGGAAGAGGUCAGGCGAUAUCUAUUAUUACACCCCUGAAGGAAAGAAAGUCCGAUCAAGAGUGGAGAUCUUGGAACAUUUGAAGGGCACAGAUUUGAAAGUGGAUCAUUUCUGUUUUAUGAAAGACCCAAUUGGCAUUAAUGACCCUACCAAAGAAAUCAUCCGAGAAGCAUCUGUUCGAAAAUCUAGUGUGCAUGAGGCAGCCCCCUUGAAACGUGAGAAAUCACCUAAAAUUCCCAAACAGAAGGCACUGAAGGGAGCCAAUGCAGCAGACUCUCCAGCCCAUUCAGAAGACGCAUCUAAUGCAUCAGCUGCCGGAUCAAAUGGUCCAAAUACUAGCCCAUCAAGUACUCCGUCAACCAAAGCAGUAACACCAAGAGUUGUUCUCAAGUCCUCCAGCAAGGCAAGCCCCAAGCCAGGUCCCAAAGUUAAAUUAACUCCUUCCCGAAAAUCUACUGGAGAUUCACCGCCAACCAAAGGGAAAGUUGGAAGGCCAAAGAAAGAUGCUAACAAGACUGCUGAAACAGUGGCUGAGACUGGCACACUGCCCCCUACUUGGGAUCCAAGUGAUGACGCGCCGGCUGAGACCCCUGCAAACUCUACCUCAGCCCCGUGGAAAGCUAACUCCGUGCCGCGCCCGCCCGCGCCGCCCAUGGCCGGUCCCACUCCGACCGAACCGCCAGCCCCGCCCCAGACUGUUGCCACCAUCGGUGGCCAGAAGUUCAUUGUGGUGCCGAAGCACAACCUGCUGUCCGUGUCCCCCGGAGCAGCUCGCUCCAUUAGUCCAUCGACGGCACCGUCAGGGGUCUAUUAUGUACCCGGCUCCGGUGGUGGUUCUGAGGCCUCUAUGCCUAAACGUGCAAAGAUUGCCGAUAUUGCAGAUGCCACUGUAGAAAGCUCUACUACUGCAUCUCAAAGUAACAUUCGAAGCAUGGAAAACUUCAUUAGUGAUCUCUCCAAUGGCUAUGGAGCUCUGUUCCAUGUCAUGGGUUACCUGAAAGUACAAGAACUUCUGCGAGCAUCAAGAGUGUGCCGCAUGUGGAGAGAUUUGUCCUUACAUCCUAAUCUGUGGCACACUGUACGAAUGAAAAACUCACAAGUUACUGACUGGGAUGGUUUUGCUGCUGCACUGAGUGCUAGAGGCACUCGUGUUCUUGAUUUGCGCAAAAUGCUUGCCCCUGGUCAUCAGGAUGAUAUUGAACAUAUGUGGUCAGAGUUCUGUCGUGUUAUAGAAAAGGCAGACAAUUUACAGCGUGUUGAGCUGUCUCGAUGCCCUGCCAGUGUUGUUGAACAAUUGGCCAAAAGCUGUCCCCAGUUAAGAGUGAUAAAUGCUAUAGCUAUCAGGAGUGAAGAAGUGGAUUUAGAAUCUAUUCGAAAUGUUCCAUUGCUUGAGGAACUACGGCUGAAGAGUCACAAUGGAAUGAGUAUAACUGGAACUUUAAAUCCCCUUAUUUACUGCCGGCUGAAACAUUUGUCAAUAACUUCAGUGAAAAAUCUUGGUUCUUGCAACAUUGAGAUUAUCAGUGAAUUGGAGAAUCUGGAAUCACUGGAACUAGGAGACUGCAUUAAACUAAGUGAUGACUUUGGUCCUGAUCACUUGUCAAAGUUGAAGAAACUUCAACGUCUACGCUUGGAAAAAGGGCAGGUUCCUGGUUGCCCUGUAAUUCCCAUAAUCGAGAGCAUUGCUCAACUCCCUGCUUUGAGGCAAUUGGAGAUUAUAAACUUUGACAUGAAACCAGGCUUUGACAAAGCUCUUGCUAUGUGCAAACAAGUGCGGAGGCUACUUAUCAUCCCAACCUAUAUAACCACAUCUGCAACGACAAAUCACAUUGUGCUGUGCAGCUUACCAUUGCUCGCUGACACUUUGGAGUACCUUGUGUGGGGUCUUACUUUAGAAUUGACAAGAGUUACUGAUCUCUUCAUUGAUCAAUGUGAGGCCCGUAAAGGUGCUCAAGGAUCAAACAAGAGUAACCCGUUCACUGGGGAGUGCAUCCCUAUUGUGAAACCCGUUCUGAAUGAUGAAAAGGAAACCAAACCAGAACAAAAUGGAGAGUCAUCAGAAAACAAGGAACCAGUUGAAAAGAUGGACGUCGAUGAUGAGAAGACAGAUAAGGAAGCAGUGAAGGAAGAUGAGCAGGCAGCUAAGGACAAAGAAGACGAGGAAGAUGAAGUGGAAUACCUGGCUCGUGGUUUCCGCACACUUUCUUCUCAGAAUCAACCUGAGCAAAGUACUAUCCCUCCUGUUAGUAUUCUCCCAAUUCCAAAACUGCACAAACUGUUAGUGCAAUUGCUCCCAACAACACGAAUUAAAAUCCUUAAAGUGCCUUUCCUCUCAACUUGGAGGCAGACCUUCCCUGAAUUGUCAGGCUUUUAAUGGAUCAUUGUCUUUUUCAUCAUCUGUACAUAUUCAAGUGUUCUUCAGUGCAUGAAGUUGCAUCAUAAUUCCCUAUAUUUAUGAAUUUCCCAAAUGAUCAGUUUUAUCCCAGUUCUGUAGAUUAUUCAUACUACUUAGUACCUGUGUGGUAUAUAUUCAAAAAUUGUGGACUUUCAGUAGGGGAAGGAACAAACAUCGCCCAUUUACUGAGUGUGAUUUGAUGAAUAUAUAAACUUUGUAGAAAAGUGUAACAACCACAAAUUGGAAAUAUGAAUGAGUGUGAGCAUAAAUGAGUAUUUCUUGUAUAUUUUCAUUGUGUUAGAAAUUCUAUUUGAUUUUGUUUAUUUACGGAGAUAAAUAUCAAUACUUUUUCUACAAUUCGUUUUAUACCAAUGUACAGUCCGCCUUUCAUGUGUGAGUUGGCUCUAAUGGUGCCUACACAUAUGUGUGUACUUCUACCACAAUAAAAUCUCCAAGUCUUUAAUUACUUAAUGUGAAUUUCUUGCACAAUGGUCACGUUCCAAAAUAAGUGUGAGUAUGUGCUGACAAAGUUUACUUUUUUUUUAAUGCUUUUGACCUUAGAAUUUAUCAGUUUAAUGCAUUGAAAUGUUGUAUUAGUUUGUGAUGUUCAAUGCGAGCAUGAAAUGUGUUGUUACAUUGUUCGCAUCAGGCAUGGCAGUGCAACACUGUAGAAAAUCAUAGCCUGGAACGUUACCUUUUAAAAACUCUUUUAAUUAUACAAAUCUUGUACAGACAGCAAAAUAAAGUUAUUUUUAAAUUUUCA